UACUUCACUCUUCUCAAGAUGCGACCAUCUCUGGCCCUCAUCGCCACUACGGCAGGCACAACAUUGGCUGCCAGCAACAACAACUACACAGAAUGGAUGGCUACAUCUUGGUUGUCCAAGUCGGUGCCCCUUUCCCGGAAUUACGCUUAUGGGGUUCUAUACCGGGGUAUUGAAUUCGCACAUAACAAAACCAAUAACCCCGAAUAUCUUGACUUCAUAGAGUCUCAACUCUCGGGCGUUGUCAGUGAUUCAGGCGAAUUGAUCGACUAUAACCUGACCGAUAAGAUCUCCCUCGAUGAUCUACGCAUCGGUACAAAUUUUCUGUCUGCUUGGGCCGCCACUGGUGAAGAUAAGUUCAAGCUAGGUGCCGAUACCCUCCGACGACAGAUCGAUCUGACACCGCGCAACGAGGGAGGCGGGCUCUGGCAUCGAGACCCUACUUAUCCCAACCAAAUGUGGCUGGAUGGAAUCUAUAUGUCAACAAACUUUUACGCGCUGUACACUGCGUGGCUCGAUGCAGACAACAGUACUGCGUGGGAUGAUAUCAUGCUCCAGUAUGACUUGAUCGAGGAGCAUUGUUUGCGGGAGGAUGGGCUGCUUGCCCACGGAUUUGAUUACAGCAAAACUGCUGUUUGGGCUGAUCCCGAAACCGGUGCUGCUCCGCUUGUCUGGAAUCGCGCCCUAGGAUGGUAUUUUAUGGCUCUUGUGGAUAUCCUGGAUUACUUCCCGAAGUCUCACCCAGGCUGGGAGACCAACCUCAGCCGCUUCCAGAAACUCGCACAGGUGCUUAAACGGACUCAGGAUGAAAGUGGGGGAUGGUGGUUGAUCAUGAAUGAGCCAUAUCCAAGCGACCCCAGGAACUACAUUGAGAGCAGUGGGUCUGCAAUGUUCACCUAUGGAUUCCUAAAGGGUAUGCGAAAUGGAUACUUGGAGACAAGCGAUUAUUCUCAGGCAGCCGAGGACGGGUACAAGCUGUUGGUGGAUAAGUUUCUGAGCAAGAAUAACAACGGGACGUUGAACUGGGACGGAACGGUGGAGGUAGGAAGCCUAAGCAGCAACGGAAGCUUCGAGUAUUACAUAUCGGUUCCCGUUGUGCAGAAUGAUGUUAAGGGCGCGGGGCCCUUCAUGUACGCAAGUUACGAACUUGAGGCCUAUUAA